CAAUUCUUGGCUCAAUUCAUCAAGUGAUGGUAAUUCUGUUACAAUUAUUGUCUUAAACCUCAACGUUUCAUGCACGUACACACAAUGAAAACGAUGACUGCCAGCCAUAUAUGGUGUCUGUAGCCAAAACAAACCUUAAAAUACUCACAGAUCAUAUCAAUGUCUCUUUCAAUCAUGGAAAACUCAGCCACCUAAAUGUUGUUUAAAGUUGUUUCUUCCUUCAUAUUGAAAGAUCCAUCCAUAAACGACAUAUAUUCUUGGUUAACUUUGAGGAUUCGAAGCAAACGUGUUCACAUUCUAUUAGAUUCCAAACUUGGACUUCAUAUAAGUGAUCAUCAGCAACAGAAGCCACAACAGCAAGAAAAAUGGGCAAGAUUGAGGCUGAAGCCCAUAUCACUCACUUCAGCCACCCUCAUCCCUUAAACCUAAAAUCCAUCAACUUAUCCGAUCCAAACACAACCAAAUGCUCGGCCUGCCAGAAACACACCUCCGGCCUCGUCUACACCUGCGAUCCUUGUAGCUACAGCCUUCACAAACUCUGCUCCGAGAUGCCCGAGAAACUCAACCACAAGGCUGACCGGAAGCACGCCUUAACUCUGCUUCCGGCCCCGGCCUACUCAACAGGAUCCUUCCACUGCAACGCUUGUGGCGUGGUGGGCACGAGCUUCUGCUAUCACUGCGGAGAGUGUGAGCUCGACUUGCAUCCAGCGUGUGCGUUCACGAAGUCGUCUGUGAAGGGCGGAGCUCAUGAACAUCCCCUUCAGCUCUGCUUUGAGCCGCCCUAUGAAGAUAGGACCUUCAUCUGCGAUGUCUGCGGCGGAUCAGGGUCGAACCACUGGCUCUACCGGUGCGAGGCGUGUGGGUUCGACGCGCACCUCAAGUGUGGGAAAGCGGAUAAGGUUCGACGCCAGCAAGCUAAGACUGAGCAAAGGCCACAAUAUUCGAGUUCAAGAAGUGUCAACAGCCAACAAGCUCGUGUUUCUAGGUCUCAAAGUGUUGGUGGUCCAAGUCCAACAAGUAUUUAUCAGCAACAGCCAUGGCAUCAACUGCAGAGAUAUGAAACUGCACCGGUGGGCUAUGCAGCGCCGGUGGUCUAUGGGGUGCCCAACUUCAUGCAGCCGCCUACGAGAAACGACGCCGUGCAGAAUGUUGUCAAUAGUGUGAUUGAAGGUUUGAUAGAAGGAGCGGCUAAUCAGUUAGGCCAAGCUUUGAUGCAAGGCGCACUAGGGAAUUGAUUAGUCUAUUAAUGUGGCAUCUUGUUUAUUGAAAAGUUACCUAUCCAA